CUCCCGGUCUUCCAGGAUAGGCUCUGCUCAGAGAGGUCAACUGGGCAGUGGAAAUCCUGGGCAAAAGUUGGCGGUCGGAGCAGCGCAACUCCUUCUGGCCGCGGAGGCAGCAAGUCCCCGCGCUCUGGGCCGUUUCCUUCCCACCUAGACCCCGGGAGGGAGGUGGGCCCCCUGCACAGGCUCGCCCAGAGCGCGGGUCACAGGACCGCUUUGCCCUUGUGGAGAAAGCGGGAGGCCGUGCGUCUCCCUGCAGCAGGUUUUUGAGUUCAUUUAAGAGGACAGUAUUCAAAGAAGAAAAAGAAGUGGUUCAAUUUUGGGAGUGCUGUUUCCCUGAUGACUGCUACAAGUGGGAUUCACUUAUGACUUGAUAGAUCUAGGAGAGUUCAAGUAUGUUUUCUAGAGUGGUGUAGUCCUGUGCUGCCUCUGGUGAGGUCUUGUGGCGUUCCCUUCAUCCUACUGCAGGGACCAUGGCAACCUCCAGAGCAGCCUCACGACCUCCUCGGGACAUCGCCAAUGUGAUGCAGAGGUUGCAAGAUGAGCAAGAGAUAGUUCAAAAACGCACUUUCACAAAAUGGAUCAACUCUCAUCUGGCCAAGCGGAAACCCCCAAUGGUGGUGGAAGACCUUUUCGAAGACAUGAAAGAUGGUGUUAAGCUGCUUGCUCUCCUGGAGGUCCUAUCUGGGCAGAAACUGCCUUGUGAACAAGGACGCCGGAUGAAGCGAAUUCACGCUGUGGCUAACAUCGGCACAGCGCUGAAGUUCCUUGAAGGAAGGAAGUCCAUGUACAGAGGAUCACCGAUUAAAUUAGUCAACAUUAACUCCACUGAUAUAGCUGAUGGCCGACCCUCAAUAGUUCUCGGAUUGAUGUGGACUAUUAUUCUAUACUUCCAGAUUGAAGAGCUGACCAGCAACCUCCCCCAGCUCCAGUCUCUGUCUGGCAGUGCAUCCUCAGUGGACAGCAUAGCGAGCUCUGAGACUGCCAGCCCACCAAGCAAGCGGAAGGUGGCCACCAAGAUCCAGGGAAAUGCGAAGAAGGCUUUAUUAAAAUGGGUUCAGUACGCAGCAGGCAAGCACACUGGAAUAGAAGUGAGAGACUUUGGGAGGAGCUGGAGAAGUGGGGUUGCCUUUCAUUCAGUCAUCCAUGCCAUUCGACCUGAACUAGUGGACUUGGAGAAAGUGAAAGGCAGAUCUAACAGAGAAAACCUGGAGGAUGCUUUCACCAUCGCUGAAACGGAACUGGGGAUCCCAAGACUGCUAGAUCCCCAAGAUGUUGAUGUGGAUAAACCAGAUGAGAAGUCUAUUAUGACCUACGUAGCCCAGUUUCUGAAACAUUAUCCUGACAUCCACAAUACAGGCACUGAUGGGCAAGAGCACGAUAGAGAAGACAGACUAAUUUUAAAGGAAACGAAAGUUUGGAUAGAACAAUUUGAGAGAGAUUUGACAAGGGCACAGAUGGCAGAAUCAAAUUUACAGGAUAAAUAUCAGUCAUUUAAGCACUUCAGAGUUCAACAUGAAAUAAAAAGGAAACAGAUUGAACAUUUAAUACAACCAUUACAUAGAGAUGGUAAAUUGUCACUUGACCAAGCAUUGGUAAAACAGUCCUGGGACAGAGUGUCCUCCAGGCUCUUUGACUGGCACAUACAGCUUGAUAAAUCUCUUCCUGCACCUCUGGGCACCAUUGGUGCCUGGCUGUAUAGGGCAGAGGUGGCCCUGAGAGAGGAAAUAACCAUUCAGCAGGUCCACGAGGAAACGGCAAACACAAUACAACGGAAGCUGGAGCAACAUAAGGAUCUGCUUCAGAACAUAGAUGCCCACAAAAGAGCAUUUCAUGAAAUCUACCGGACCAGGUCUGUUAACGGGAUCCCAGUGCCACACGAUCAAUUAGAGGACAUGGCUGAGAGGUUUCAUUUUGUUUCCUCCACAUCAGAGCUACACCUAAUGAAAAUGGAAUUUCUAGAAUUAAAGUACCGUCUGCUCUCACUGCUGGUUCUUGCAGAGUCAAAGCUGAAGUCUUGGAUCAUUAAGUAUGGGAGGAGAGAGUCAGUGGAGCUGCUUCUACAAAACUACAUCUCUUUCAUAGAAAAUAGCAAGUUCUUUGAGCAAUAUGAAGUGACAUACCAGAUCUUGAAACAAACAGCUGAGAUGUACAUCAAAGCAGAUGGUUCAGUGGAAGAAGCUGAGAAUGUGAUGAAAUUCAUGAAUGAAACUACUGCUCAGUGGAGGAAUCUCUCGGUAGAAGUUAGGAGCGUGAGGAGUAUGCUAGAAGAAGUGAUCUCUAACUGGGAUCGCUAUGGCAGUACUGUGGCUAGUCUUCAAGCCUGGCUAGAGGAUGCUGAAAAAAUGCUAAAUCAGUCAGAAAAUGCCAAAAAGGAUUUUUUUCGAAAUUUGCCUCAUUGGAUUCAGCAGCACACUGCCAUGAACGACGCUGGCAAUUUCCUAAUUGAAACGUGUGAUGAGAUGGUCUCCCGAGACCUUAAGCAGCAGCUACUGUUGCUAAAUGGGCGGUGGAGAGAGCUGUUUAUGGAAGUCAAGCAAUAUGCACGAGCCGACGAGAUAGACAGAAUGAAGAAAGAAUACACAGACUGUGUUAAUACUUUGUCUACUUUUGCAACUGAAGCCCAUAGGAAACUUUCUGAACCCUUAGAAGUCUCUUUUAUGAAUGUGAAGUUAAUAAUCCAAGACCUGGAGGACAUCGAGCAGAAGGUGCCUGCAAUUGAUGCUCAAUACAAGAUGAUUACAAAGACAGUGCACCUCAUUUCCAAAGAGAUCCCCCAAGAAGAAGCUAAUGAAAUGUUUGCAACCACAUCAAGACUCAAAGAGCAGCUAAGCAAGGUCAAAGAAUGUUACUCCCCACUCCUUUAUGAGUCUCAGCAGCUGUUGGUUCCGUUGGAAGAAUUAGAAAAGCAAAUGACGUCCUUUUAUGACUCACUUGGGAAAAUCAAUGAAAUUAUAACAGUUCUUGAGCACGAGGCACAAUCUAGUGCUCUUUUUAAACAAAAACAUCAGGAACUGGUAGCCUGUCAAGAAAGCUGUAAGAAAACCUUGACACUAAUUGAAAAAGGCAGCCAAAGCAUUCAAAAGUUUGUGACCUUAAGCAAAGUGUUAAAGCAUUUUGAUCAGACAAAGCUGCAAAGACAGAUUACAGAUAUUCGUGUUGCUUUUCAGAAUAUGGUAAAGAAAACUGGAGACUGGAAGAAGCAUGUCGAAACCAACAGUCGCUUGAUGAAGAAGUUCGAGGAGUCCCGAGCAGAGCUGGAGAAGGUGCUGCGGAUUGCCCAGGAGGGCCUGGAGGAAAAGGGGGACCCGGAAGAGCUCCUGAAGAGACACACUGAGUUUUUCAGUCAGCUGGAUCAGAGGGUGCUCAACGCUUUCCUGAAAGCUUGUGAUGAGCUCACCGACAUCCUCCCUGAGCAGGAGCAGCCAGGUCUGCAGGAAGCUGUCAGAAAGCUCCACAAACAAUGGAAGGAUCUUCAAGGAGAAGCUCCUUAUCACUUGCUUCAUCUGAAGAUUGAUGUGGAGAAGAACAGAUUCUUAGCCUUGGUAGAAGAAUGCAAAACUGAGCUGGAGCGAGAGACCAAGCUGGUGGCCCAGGAAGGCAGCGAAAAGAUUAUUAAAGAGCACAGGAUUUUCUUCAGUGACAAAGGUCCCCAUCACCUCUGUGAGAAAAGGUUACAGCUCAUUGAGGAGCUGUGCGUGAAACUCCCAGUCCGGGACGCAGUGAGGGACACAUCGGGAACCUGUCACGCGGCUCUCAAAGAGCUCAGAGCUGCCAUUGACAGCACCUACAUGAAGCUCAUGGAGGACCCAGACAAGUGGAAGGACUACACUAGCAGAUUUUCUGAAUUCUCCUCUUGGAUAUCUUCAAAGGAGACACAGUUGAAGGCUAUCAAGGACGAGGCCAUCAGUACUGCCAACCACGGAGAGGUCACACAUGCUGUUGAGGAGAUCAGAAAUGGUGUUACCAGAAGAGGAGAGACCCUCAGCUGGCUGAAAGCCAGGCUGAAAAUUUUGAUUGAAGUUUCUUCUGAGAAUGAAGCCCAGAAGCAAGGGGAUGAGCUGGCAAAACUAUCCAGCUCUUUCAAGGCUCUGACGACGUUGCUGUCAGAGGUUGAAAAGAUGUUAAGCAACUUUGGGGACUGUGUCCAAUACAAAGAAAUAGUCAAAAACUCCCUUGAAGAAUUAAUUUCUGGCUCUAAAGAAGUUCAGGAACAAGCCGAGAAGAUCCUGGACACUGAAAAUCUGUUUGAAGCGCAGCAGUUACUUCUUCAUCACCAGCAAAAGACAAAGGGGAUCUCAGCAAAGAAGAGAGACGUGCAGCAGCAGAUCGCGCAGGCUCAGCAGGGAGAAGGUGGGCUGCCCGGCCGAGGCCAGGAGGAGCUGCAGAAGCUGGAGAGCACCCUGGACGGCCUGGAGCGCAGCCGGGAGAGGCAAGAGCGCCGCAUCCAGGUCACAUUAAGAAAAUGGGAGCGAUUUGAAACAAACAAAGAAACAGUAGUCAGAUACCUUUUUCAAACAGGUUCCAGCCAUGAACGCUUCUUGAGUUUUAGCAGUUUGGAAAGUUUAUCUUCAGAAUUGGAACAGACAAAGGAGUUUUCUAAACGGACAGAAAGUAUCGCAAUCCAAGCUGAGAACCUUGUAAAGGAAGCCUCAGAGAUUCCACUUGGGCCCAAAAAUAAGCAGCUGCUUCAACAGCAGGCCAAGUCAAUCAAAGAGCAAGUCAAAAAAUUAGAAGACACGCUUGAAGAAGAUAUUAAAACCAUGGAAAUGGUGAAAACCAAGUGGGAUCAUUUUGGCAGUAAUUUUGAGACUCUGUCCGUCUGGAUAACUGAGAAAGAAAAAGAACUCAAUGCCUUGGAAACUUCGUCAUCUGCCAUGGACAUGCAAAUCAGCCAAAUUAAGGUCACAAUCCAGGAAAUAGAAAGUAAGAUCAGCAGCAUUACAGAAUUAGAAGAAGCAGCUCAGUCUUUUGCUCAGUUUAUUACCACUGGAGAAUCUGCUCGAAUCAAAGCCAAGUUGACACAAAUAAGAAGAUAUUGGGAAGAACUCCGAGAGCACGCACAAUGUCUGGAAGGGACAAUCCUGGGACAUUUGUCACAACAGCAAAAGUUUGAAGAGAAUCUUAGAAAGAUCCAGCAGACUGUGUCUGAAUUUGAAGAUAAACUUGCUGAUCCAAUUAAAAUAUGUUCUUCAGCUACAGAAACAUACAAAAUUCUCCAAGAACAUAUGGACGUCUGCCAGGCCCUGGAGUCGCUGAGCAAUACAGUGGCCGCCUUCUCAGCCAGUGCCCGGAAGGUGGAGAACAGAGAGUCCUGUGUUCAGGAGGCUGCAGCCCUGCAGCAGCGAUACAAGGGGACAGUAAACAGGGCCAAGGAGAGACAGACUGCCCUGGAGAACCUGCUGGCCCACUGGCAGAGGCUAGAGAAAGAACUGUCAUCCUUUCUGACCUGGUUAGAGCGGUGUGAAGCUGUAGCCAGUUCCCCAGAAAUGGACAUUUCUGCAGACAGAGUCAAAGUGGAAGGCGAACUUCAAUUAAUACAGGUGCUGCAAAAGGAAGUUGUAUCCCAGGCCUCAUCCUAUAGCAACCUUUUGCAAUUGAAGGAAUCACUGUUCUCAGUAGCCUCCAAAGAUGAUGUGAAAAUGAUGAAACUACAGUUGGAGCAGUUGGAUGAGAGAUGGAGAGAUUUACCACAGAUAAUUAGCAAAAGGAUUAAUUUUCUUCAGUCUGCGGUCGCUGAACACCAGCAAUUUGAUGAGCUGCUGCUUUCCUUUUCUGUCUGGAUUAAGCUGUUUCUCAGUGAAUUACAAACUACUUCUGAGAUAAGCCUGGUAGACCAUCAAGUGGCUCUUACUCGGCACAAGGACCACGCAGCAGAAGUGGAGAGCAAGAAGGGAGAAUGGCAGAGUCUGCAGGGUCACUUAGCGAAGUUGGGUUCUCUGGGCCGAGCGGAGGACCUCCACCUCCUGCAGGGCAAGGCAGAGGACUGCUUCCAGCUGUUCGAGGAGGCCAGCCAGGUCGUGGAGAGGAGGCAGCUGGCCCUGGCCCAAUUGGCAGAAUUCUUGCAGAGCCACGCCUGUCUGUCCGGGACUCUCUACCAGCUGAGGCAAACGGUGGAAGCAACCAACAGUAUGAACAAGAAACAGUCUGAUCUGUUAGAAAAGGACCUAAAUGAUGCUCUUCGAGACGCUAAAACAUUAGAAUCAACUGCCAUCAGUCUCGAUGGUGUUCUUACCAAAGCCCAGUACCAUCUGAAAAGUGGGAGCUCUGAGCAAAGGACUUCCUGCAGAGCCACAGCGGAUCAGCUCUGUGCAGAGUUAGAGCGGAUCCAGAACCUUCUGGGAACCAAGCAGAGUGAGGCAGAUGCCCUGGCGGUGUUGAGAAAAGCAUUCCAAGACCAGAAGGAGGAGUUGCUGAGAAGCAUUGAGGACAUUGAAGAAAGGGCUGACAAAGAGCGACUCCGAGAACCUACACGCCAGGCCCUUCAGCAGAGGUUGCGAGUGUUCAAUCAGCUAGAAGAUGAAUUAAAUUCUCACGAGCAUGAAUUAUGUUGGUUGAAAGACAAGGCUAAGCAAAUUGCUCAGAAAGAUGUAGCUUUUGCACCUGAAGUUGACAGGGAGAUAAAUCGCUUAGAGGUUACCUGGGAUGAUACCAAAAAACUAAUUCAUGAAAACCAGGGUCAAUGCUGUGGACUUAUUGACUUAGUGAGAGAAUAUCAGAACUUAAAGUCAGCCGUGUCUAAAGUCAUAGAAAAUGCCAGCAGUGUGGUUGGAACCAGAACUACUAUAAAAGAUCAAGAAGAUCUUAAAUGGGCUUUUUCCAAGCAUGAAACGGUCAAGAAUGAAAUGAAUUAUAAACAGAAAGAGUUGGAUAAUUUUAACAGUAAAGGAAAACAUUUGUUAUCUGAACUGAAAAAAAUCCACAGUAGUGAUUUCAUCUUGGUAAAAACAGACAUGGAGAACACCGUGGACAAAUGGCUGGAUUUAUCAGAGAGAAUUGAAGAAAACAUGGAGAGGCUGAGAGUAAGCCUGUCCAUUUGGGAUGAGGUGCUUUCAAGUAAGGAUGAGAUCGAGGGAUGGUCAAACAACUCUGUUCCACAGCUGGCGGAAAAUGUCAGCAACCUGAAUAACAGCCUCAGAGCCGAAGAAUCUCUUAAAGAAUUUGAGUCUGAAGUUAAAAACAAAACAUUGAGAUUGGAAGAACUGUAUUCCAAAGUUAAUGAUCUUAAAGAACUAACUAAAAAUCUGGAAACACCACCAGAUCUUCAGUUUAUUGAAGCAGACUUAAGGCAGAAACUGGAGCAUGCCAAAGAAAUAACUGAAGUAGCAAAAGGAACCUUGAAAGAUUUCACUGCUCAACGCACACAAGUGGAGAAAUUUGUUAAUGAUAUAACAACAUGGCUGACAAAAGUGGAAGAAUCAUUGAUGAAUUGUGCCCAAAGUGAGACUUGUGAGGGAUUAAAGAAAGUGAAGGAUAUGCAAAAAGAACUUCAAAGUCAACAAAGCAACAUCAGCUCUACCCAAGAAAAUCUCAAUAGCUUGUGCCGCAAAUACCACUCCGCGGAGCUGGAAACCCUAGGCCAGGCCAUGACUGGGUUGAUAAAGAAACACGAAGCUGUGAGCCAGUUGUGCUCCAAAACCCAGGCCAACUUGCAGGAUUCUCUGGAAAAACACUUCAAUGAGUCCAUGCAGGAAUUCCAAGAAUGGUUUUUGGGAGCAAAGGCAGCAGCAAAAGAAUCAUCAGAUCGAACCGGCGACAGCAAAGUUCUAGAGGCAAAGCUCCAUGACCUUCAGAACAUUCUGGACUCAGUCAGUGAUGGGCAGAGCAAGCUUGAUGUGGUGACUCAAGAAGGACAGACUUUAUAUGCACAUUUGUCUAAACAAAUUGUCGGUAGCAUUCAGGAACAAAUUACAAAGGCUAAUGAAGAGUUUCAAGCAUUUCUGAAACAAUGCCUUAAAGACAAACAGAGUCUCCAAGACUGUGCUUCAGAACUUGGGAGCUUUGAGGAUCAGCACAGAAAACUAACCUUAUGGAUCCAUGAAAUGGAAGAAAGGUUAAAUACAGAAAACUUGGGAGAGAGUAAACAGCAUAUUCCUGAGAAGAAAAAUGAAGUUCAUAAAGUUGAAAUGUUUCUGGGAGAACUACUGGCCGCAAGGGAGUCUCUCGAUAAACUUUCCCAGAGAGGGCAGCUUCUGAGUGAGGAAGGCCACGGAGCUGGGCAAGAAGGACGCCUGUGCUCCCAGCUCCUCACGAGCUACCAUCACUUACUCAGAAUGACCAAAGAGAAACUCCGCAGCUGCCAGGUGGCCCUGCAGGAGCACGAAGCCCUGGAAGAAGCGCUGCAGGGCAUGUGGUCCUGGGUGAAAGCUGUUCAGGACAGACUGGCCGGGGCAGAGAGCACUCUCGGGAGCAAAGACACCUUGGAAAAGCGGCUGUCGCAAAUACAGGACAUUCUCCUGAUGAAAGCGGAAGGCGAAGUUAAGUUGAACAUGGCCAUUGGCAAAGGGGAACAGGCCUUGAGAAGUAGCAACAAAGAAGGUCAGAAGGUGAUUCAGACCCAGCUGGAGACCCUGAAAACCGUGUGGGCCGACAUCGUGAGCUCCUCCCUCCGUGCUCAGAGCGCUUUAGAGUCUGUGAUUAGCCAAUGGAAUGACUACACGGAGAGGAAAAACCAGUUGGAACAGUGGAUGGAAUCAGCAGACGAGAACGUGGAGCAUCCCUUACAGCUGCAGCCGGGUCUGAAGGAGAAGUUCUCCCUGCUGGACCACUUUCAGUCCAUCCUGUCUGAGGCGGAGGAUCACGCCAGAGCCCUUCCCCGCCUGGCUGCCAAGUCCAGGGAGCUCUAUGAGAAGACAGAGGACGAGUCUUUCAAGAACACAGCUCAAGAGGAACUGAAAACACAGUUCAAUGAUAUAGUGACUGUGGCCAAGGAGAAAAUGAGAAAAGUGGAAGAAAUUGUGAAAGACCAUAUAAUGUAUCUCGAUGCAGUUCAGGAAUUCACAGAUUGGCUCCACUCAGCAAAGGAAGAACUGCACCGGUGGUCAGAUAUGUCGGAAGAUUCAUCAGCCACCCAGAAAAAGCUGUUGAAAAUUAAGGAGCUGAUAGAUUCCAGAGAGAUUGGGGCAAGCCGCCUGAGCAGAGUGGAGUCGCUGGCUCCUGAAGUGAAACAGAACACAACUGCCAGUGGGUGUGAGCUCUUGCACGCGGAGAUGCAGGCCCUGCGCGCAGACUGGAAGCAGUGGGAAGACAGCGUAUUCCAAACGCAGGGCCGCUUGGAGAACCUGGUGAGCCAGAUGGCCCUUUCGGAACAGGAGUUCUCAGGCCAAGUGGCUCAGCUCGAGCAGGCCCUGGAAGAGUUCAGUGCCCUUCUGAAAACCUGGGCUCAGCAGUUAACCCUCCUGGAAGGCAAGAACACUGAUGAGGAGAUAGUGGAAUGCUGGCACAAGGGACAAGAGAUACUAGAUGCUCUACAAAAAGCAGAGCCUAGAACAGAGGAUCUCAAGUCUCAGCUGAAUGAACUUUGUCGAUUUUCCAGAGACCUGAGUUCAUACAGUGGGAAAGUUUCUGGCUUGAUUAAAGAAUAUAAUUGUCUUUGUUUGCAAGCAUCCAAGGGCUGCCAGAAUAAAGAAAAGAUUUUACAGCAAAGAUUUCGGAGAGCUUUGAAGGAUUUCCAGCAGUGGUUGGUUAAUGCAAAAGUCACUACCGCCAAAUGUUUUGAUAUACCUCAAAAUAUUAGUGAAGUCUCAACAAGUCUUCAUAAAAUACAGGAGUUUUUGUCUGAAAGUGAGAAUGGACAGCAUAAGCUAAACAUGAUGGUGUCUAAAGGAGAACUUCUGAGUACUCUGUUGACCAAAGAGAAAGCUAAAGGGAUCCAGGCCAAAGUUGCAACUGCGAAAGAAGAUUGGAAAAAUUUUCACUCAAAUCUCCACCAAAAGGAAUCUGCCCUAGAGAAUCUAAAGAUCCAAAUGAAGGACUUUGAAGUAAGUGCUGAGCCCGUCCAGGCCUGGCUGAGUAAGACAGAGCAGAUGGUGCAUGAAAGCAGCAGUCGCCUCUACGACCUGCCGGCCAAGAGGAGAGAGCAGCAGAAACUCCAGUCUGUCCUUGAGGAAAUACACUGCUACGAGCCUCAGCUCCACAGGCUGAAAGAGAAAGCUCAGCAGCUGUGCGAAGGACAAGCUGCCAGCAAGAGCUUUAGGCACAGAGUGUCGCAGCUGUCUUCGCAGUAUCUAGCGCUAAGCAAUUUAACCAAGGAGAAAGUGUCAAGACUGGAUAGAAUUGUUGCGGAGCACAAUCAGUUCUCUCUUGGCAUUAAAGAGUUGCAAGACUGGAUGACAGAUGUGGUUCACAUGCUGGAUUCUUACUGCCACCCGACAUCUGACAAAAGCGUCCUGGACAGCAGAAUACUCAAGCUUGAGGCUCUAUUAUCAGUGAAACAGGAAAAAGAGAUUCAGAUGAAAAUGAUACUGACCAGGGGAGAAUCUGUCCUUCAGAAUACCUCUCCAGAAGGCAUUCCUGCUGUUCAGCAGCAGCUGCAGAGUGUGAAGGAUAUGUGGGCAGCUCUUUCGUCUGCAGGGAUUCGUUGUAAAAGUCAACUCGAAGGCGCCCUUUCUAAAUGGACAAGUUAUCAGGAUGAUGUUCGACAGUUUUCCAGUUGGAUGGACGGUGUGGAAGCCAGCCUGAAUGAAUCGGAAAGGCAGUGUGCGGAACUGCGGGAGAAAACAGCUGCUCUCGGAAAAGCCAAGUUAUUAAAUGAAGAAGUACUGAGUCACAGCAGCUUACUGGAGACCAUCGAAGUCAAAGGGGCUGGCAUGACGGAGCACUAUGUCACCCAGCUGGAGCUCCAGGAUCUACAGGAACGGUACAGAGACGUCAAAGAGAGGGCCAAGGAAGCAGUAACCAAGUCUGAAAAACUUGUUCGCCUGCACCAAGAGUAUCAGAGAGACUUAAAGGCAUUUGAGGUUUGGCUGGGGCAAGAACAAGAAAAGCUUGACCAAUACUCAGUUCUGGAAGGUGAUGCCCACACUCAUGAGUCUACAUUGCGGGAUCUUCAGGAGCUCCAAGUGCGCUGCGCAGAGGGGCAGGCGCUGUUGAACUCAGUGCUGCACACCAGAGAGGACGUGAUCCCUUCCGGCAUCCCCCAGGCAGAGGACCGGGCUUUAGAGUCUCUCCGGCAGGACUGGCAGGCUUACCAGCACAGGCUGGCUGAGACCCGAGCUCAGUUCAAUAACAUAGUGAACAAACUGAGGCUCAUGGAGCAGAAGUUUCAGCAAGUAGAUGAGUGGCUAAAAGCAGUGGAGGAGAAAAUUAUUCUCAGGACCGGACGUCAGUCUAACCGGGCAACCAAGGAAAUACAGUUACAUCAGACGAAGAAGUGGCAUGAGGAGGUGACCGCGUACAGAGACGAGGUUGAGGAAGUGGGCGCUGGAGCCCAGGAGAUCCUGGACGAGAGCCACGUGAGCAGCAGGAUGGGCUGCCAGGCCACGCAGCUGACUUCCAGAUACCAGGCCCUGCUCCUCCAAGUGCAGGAACAAAUAAAAUUCCUGGAGGAAGAGAUCCAGAGUUUGGAGGAAUUGGAAUUAUCCCUCAGUUCCUAUUCUGAUUGGUAUGGAUCUACUCAGAAAAACUUCAAGAAUGUGGCGACCAAAAUUGAUAAAGUAGAUACAGCCAUGAUGGGGAAAAAAUUGAAGAUGCUGGAGGUUUUGCUAAAGGACAUGGAGAAAGGCCACAGUUUGCUAAAAUCAGCCCGGGAGAAAGGAGAGAGGGCUCUUCAGUACCUGGAGGAAGGCGAGGCAGAGACGUUAAGAAAGGAGAUCCAUGGUCACGUGGAGCAGUUGGAGGAACUGACCAGCACUGUCAGGAAAGAGCACAUGGCCCUGGAGAAAGGUCUUCAUCUAGCAAAGGAAUUCUCAGAUAAAUGCAAAGUGCUCACUCAGUGGAUAGCAGAGUACCAAGAAAUCCUACAUAUUCCUGAAGAACCCAAGAUGGAAUUAUAUGAAAAGAAAGCUCAGUUGUCCAAAUACAAGUCACUUCAACAAAUGGUGCUGUCCCAUGAACCAACAGUAAAGUCAGUGAGAGAGAAAGGUGACGCUCUUCUGGAACUGGUGCAGGAUGUUACUUUAAAGGACAAAAUUGACAAACUUCAAAGUGAUUACCAGGACCUAUGCCGUAUAGGAAAGGAGCACGUCAUUAGUCUGGAGGCGAAAGUCAAAGACCAUGAGGACUACAACAGUGAGCUCCAAGAGGUGGAAAAGUGGCUGCUGCAGAUGUCCAGCAGGCUGGUGGCACCCGACCUCCUAGAGACAAGCAGCCUGGAGACAAUUACCCAGCAACUGGCCCACCACAAGGCAAUGAUGGAAGAAAUUGCUGGUUUUGAAGACCGUUUGAACAGCCUUAAAAUUAAAGGCGACACUUUGAUUGGCCAGUGUGCAGACCACCUUCAGGUGAAACUUAAACAAAAUGUGCAGGGUCAUCUGCAGGGCACAAAGGAUAGUUACUCAGCAAUCUGCAGCACAGCUCAGAGGGUGUACCGAAGUUUGGAACACGAACUUCAGAAGCACGUCAGCCGGCAAGACACCCUGCAGCAGUGCCAGGCCUGGCUUUCUGCAGUCCAGCCAGAUUUGGAGUCAAGCCCUCAGCCACCUCUUAGCAGGGCAGAAGCCGUUAAGCAGGUUAAACACUUCAGAGCUUUGCAAGAGCAAGCAAGGACCUACCUAGAUCUUCUUUGCUCCAUGUGUGACUUGUCCAAUGCUUCAGUGAAAACUACAGCAAAAGACAUUCAAAAAACAGAGCAUAUGGUUGAACAAAGGCUUGUCCAGGCACAGAACUUAACUCAAGGCUGGGAGGAGAUCAAGCACCUGAAGGCUGAGCUGUGGAUUUAUCUGCAGGAUGCCGACCAGCAACUCCAGAAUAUGAAGAAGAGGCACUCUGAGCUGGAGCUGACCAUUGCUCAGAACAUGGCUGCCCAAGUCAAGGACUUUGUCAAGAAACUACAGUGCAAACAGGCAUCGGUGAACGCUAUCAUAGAAAAGGUGAAUGAGUUAACUAAGAAUCAGGAGUCUCCUGAACACAAGGAAAUAAGUCAUUUAAAUGACCAGUGGCUGGAUCUGUGCCUUCAGUCUGACAACUUGUGCUUGCAAAGGGAAGAGGACCUUCAGAGAACAAGAGAUUACCAUGACUGUAUGAAUGUCGUUGAAUCGUUCUUAGAAAAAUUUACUACAGAAUGGGAUAACUUGGCCAGGUCUGAUGCGGAGAGUACAGCUGUCCACCUGGAAGCUUUGAAAAAGUUAGCACUGGCAUUGCAGGAGAGAAAGUAUGCUAUUGAGGAUCUGAAAGAGAAAAAGCAGAAAAUGAUAGAGCAUCUGAAUUUAGAUGACAAGGAAUUAGUCAAAGAGCAGACGAGUCACUUUGAGCAACGUUGGUUUCAGCUUGAGGACCUUGUGAAAAGGAAAAUCCAAGUGUCGGUCACCAACUUGGAGGAGUUAAAUGUGGUGCAGUCCAGAUUUCAGGAGCUGAUGGAGUGGGCAGAAGAGCAACAGCCCAACAUCACGGAGGCCCUUAAGCAGAGUCCCCCUCCUGAUAUGGCUCAGAACCUUCUCAUGGAUCACCUGGCCAUCUGCAGUGAACUGGAGGCCAAACAGAUGCUCCUGAGAUCGCUCGUGAAGGACGCCGACAGGGUGAUGGCUGAUCUCGGCCUAAAUGAGCGCCAGGUCAUCCAGAAGGCACUCUCCGAUGCGCAAAGGCACGUGAACUGUCUGAGCGACUUAGUGGGCCAGCGAAGGAAGUACCUAAACAAGGCCUUGUCCGAGAAAACCCAGUUUCUCAUGGCAGUGUUCCAGGCGACCAGCCAAAUUCAGCAACACGAACGAAAGAUCAUGUUCCGUGAACAUAUCUGCCUGUUACCAGACGAUGUGAGCAAACAAGUUAAAAUGUGUAAGAGUGCACAAGCCAGCCUCAAGACCUACCAAAACGAGGUCACUGGACUCUGGGCACAGGGUCGCGAAUUAAUGAAGGGAAUCACAGAGCAGGAGAAGAGUGAAGUGCUCGGUAAGCUUCAGGAAUUGCAGAGCGUCUAUGACACCGUUUUACAAAAGUGUGGUCAUCGGUUACAAGAACUAGAGAAAAAUUUAGUUUCUAGGAAGCAUUUUAAGGAAGAUUUUGAUAAAGCUUGUCAUUGGCUAAAACAAGCAGAUAUUGUUACGUUUCCUGAAAUCAACCUAAUGAAUGAGAGUGCUGACCUCCAUACACAACUGGCCAAAUACCAACAUAUUCUUGAACAAUCUCCAGAAUAUGAAAACCUUCUACUUACGUUACAAAGAACUGGACAGUCCAUAUUACCUUCGCUGAAUGAAGUUGAUCAUUCCUACCUCAGUGAAAAGCUGAAUGCUUUGCCCCAGCAAUUUAAUGUCAUUGUUGCCUUGGCUAAGGAUAAGUUCUAUAAAGUCCAGGAGGCAAUUCUUGCGCGGAAAGAAUAUGCUUCCUUGAUUGAGUUGACAGCCCAGUCUCUGAGUGAACUGGAAGCCCAGUUCUGGAGGAUGAGCAAAGUCCCCACCAAUCUGAUCGUGGAAGAGGCUCUGUCUCUUCAGGAUGGUUGCAGGGCUCUGCUGGGCGAGGUGGUGAGCCUCAGGGAAGCAGUGGAUGAACUGAGCCAGAAAAAAGAAAGUUUUCGCAGCACAGGUCAGCCUUGGCAACCAGACAAGAUGCUGCACCUUGUCACCUUGUAUCACAGGCUGAAGCGACAAGCAGAGCAAAGGGUUAGCUUGUUAGAAGACACCACGAGUGCUUACCAAGAGCACGGAAAGAUGUGCCAGCAGCUAGAGAGACAACUAGAGACUGUAAAAGCGGAGCAGUCCAAAGUGAACGAGGAAACGCUGCCUGCAGAGGAGAAGCUCAAAAUGUAUCACUCCCUGGCAGGAAGUCUCCAGGACUCGGGAAUUCUACUAAAGCGAGUGACCGUGCAUCUCGAAGAUGUUGCUCCACACCUUGACCCCUCAGCAUAUGACAAAGCCAAGCACCAGAUCCAGUCCUGGCAAGAGGAGUUAAAACUGCUGACUUCUGCCAUUGGCGAGACGGUGGCAGAGUGCGAGAGCCGGAUGGUGCAGAGCAGGGACUUCCAGACCGAGAUGAGCCGCUCCCUGGACUGGCUGAGGAGAGUGAAGGCGGAGCUCAGUGGGCCAGUGUGCCUGGACCUCAACCUACAGGACAUCCAGGAGGAAAUCAGAAAGAUCCAGAUUCAUCAGGAAGAGGUCCAGUCCAGCUUGAGAAUCAUGAGUGCCCUGAGUCAUAAGGAAAAGGAGAAAUUCACGAAAGCCAAGGAACUGAUCUCUGCUGAUUUGGAACACACCCUCGCUGAACUCUCAGAGCUCGAUGGAGACAUUCAGGAAGCUUUGCGCACACGGCAGGCCACCUUGAUUGAAAUAUACAGUCAGUGUCAAAGGUAUUAUCAAGUAUUUCAAGCAGCUAAUGACUGGCUUGAGGAUGCCCAAGAAAUGUUACAGUUGGCAGGCAAUGGCUUAGAUGUGGAGAGCACAGAGGAAAAUCUCAAAAGCCACAUGGAUUUUUUCAGUACAGAGGCUCAGUUCCACAGUAACCUGCAGGAGCUCCAAGGCCUGGUAGCCAACCUGGACCCACUCAUUAAGCCGGCCGGCAAAGAAGACCUGGCACAGAAGAUGGUAUCGCUAGGAGACAGGAGCGGCAGAAUCAUCCAGGACUCACAUGCCCAGUUAGAUCUCUUGCAGAGAUGUACAACUCAGUGGCAGGAUUACCAGAAAGCAAGGGAAGAGAUUAUUGAAUUGAUGAAUGAUGCAGAAAAGAGAUUGUCUGAGUUUUCUUUGUUGAAGACUUCUUCUAGUCAGGAGGCAGAAGGAAAAUUGUCAGAACACAAGGCUUUAGUGUCAGUAGUUAACUCUUUCCGUGAGAAAAUUGUGGCCCUAGAGGAAAAAGCUUCACAACUGGAGAAAACUGGAAAUGACGCAAGCAAAGCGACCUUAAGCAGAUCGACCACCACUGUCUGGCAGCGCUGGACGCGUCUUGGUGCUGUGGCCCAGGACCAGCAGAAGAUACUGGAAGAUGCAGUGGAUGAGUGGAAGGGCUUUAACAAUAAGGUUAAAAAAGCCACUGAAACGAUCGCUCAGCUGCAAGAUAAACUACCUGACAGUUCAGUGGAGAAAGCCUUAAAAGCGGAACUCUUAGCUCUUGUUGAUCAUCAUGACACAUUCCUUGUGGAGCUGGAACAGCUGCAGUCCACGUUAGGCAUGCUGCGGCAGCAAGCACUGAGCAUGCUCCAGGACGGAGCCGUCCCUUCCCCUGGAGAGGAGCCACCCUUCCUGCAGGAAAUCACAGCAAUGCAGGAUCGGUGCCUGAACAUGCAGGAGAAAGCGAAAAAUAACAGAAAGUUGGUAAAGCAAGAACUGAAGGACCGAGAAAUAGUGGAGACUCAAGUCAAUUCUGUGAAAUGUUGGGUUCAGGAAACAAAGGAAUAUUUAGGGAAUCCCACAAUAGAAAUAGAUGCUCAACUUGAAGAACUUCAGAUUCUCCUAACGGAAGCCACAAGUCACCGACAGAACAUUGAGAAAAUGGCUGAAGAGCAGAAAAAUAAGUACUUGGGUCUUUAUACUAUACUGCCUUCUGAGCUCUCCCUUCAGUUGGCUGAAGUGGCAUUGGACCUGAAGAUCCGUGAUCAGAUCCAAGACAAAAUAAAAGAAGUUGAACAAAGCAAGGCCAUGAGCCAGGAAUUCAGCCAGCAAAUUCAGAAGAUAGCCAAAGAUCUCACAACUAUUCUAACAAAGCUGAAAACAAAGACAGAUAAUUUAGCUCAAGCGAAAACCGACCAAAAGGUGCUGGGAGAGGAAUUGGAUGGCUGUAAUUCAAAGUUAAUGGAAUUACAUGCAGCAGUACAAAAAUUCUCGGAACAGCAUGGCCAGCUGGGUAAGCCACUGGCCAAGAAGAUAGGAAAACUGACCGAACUUCACCAGCAGACCAUUAGACAGGCGGAGAAUCGGCUCUGCAAGCUCAGUCAGGCAGCAUCACAUUUAGAAGAAUACAAUGAAAUGCUUGAAUUAAUUUUGAAGUGGAUUGAGAGAGCUAAAGUCUUGGUACAUGGAAAUAUUGCGUGGAAUUCUGCAAGCCAGCUUCGGGAACAAUACAUUUUGCAUCAGACCCUGCUGGAAGAAUCUGAAGACAUUCACAGCGAUCUGGAAGCAAUGACUGAGAGAUUACAGUGCCUCACUAGCGUGUACUGUACAGAAAAAAUGUCCCAGCAAGUCGCAGAACUGGGACGAGAGACUGAGGAAUUGAGACAGAUGAUCAAAAUUCGUUUGCAGAACCUCCACGAUGCAGCUAAGGAUAUGAAAAAAUUUGAAGCGGAGCUAAGAAACUUGCAAGCUGCUUUGGAGCAAGCCCAGACAACCCUGACUUCUCCAGAAGUUGGACGUCUUAGUCUCAAGGAACAACUCUCUCAUCGACAGCAUUUGUUGUCGGAGAUGGAGUCACUAAAGCCAAAGGUGCAAGCUGUGCAGCUCUGCCAGAGCGCCCUCCGGAUCCCCGAGGACGUGGUCGCCAGCUUGCCGCUGUGCCAUGCGGCUCUGCGCCUGCAGGAGGAGGCCAGCCGGCUGCAGCACACGGCCAUCCAGCAGUGCAACGUCAUGCAGGAGGCAGUGGUGCAGUAUGAACAAUAUGAACAAGAAAUGAAACAUCUCCAGCAACUGAUAGAAGGAGCUCACAGGGAAAUUGAGGAUAAACCCGUGGCCACCAGUAACAUCCAGGAGCUGCAAGCCCAGAUUUCUCGGCAUGAGGAGCUGGCUCAGAAAAUCAAGGGCUACCAGGAGCAGAUCGCCUCGCUGAAUUCCAAGUGCAAGAUGCUGACGAUGAAAGCCAAGCACGCCACCAUGCUGCUGACGGUGACCGAGGUCGAGGGGCUGGCGGGAGGCACCGAGGACCUGGAUGGGGAGCUCCUCUCCGCGCCCCCGGCCCACCCCUCCGUGGUCAUGAUGACUGCAGGUCGCUGUCACACUUUGCUGUCACCUGUCACUGAGGAGUCUGGGGAGGAGGGAACCAACAGUGAGAUUUCUUCUCCACCAGCCUGUCGCUCUCCUUCACCUGUGGCUAAUACAGAUGCUUCUGUUAACCAGGACAUUGCAUAUUUCCAAGCCCUGUCUGCUGAGAAGUUGCAGACGGAUGCUGCAAGGAUUUCCCCCACCACAUCGACAUCCCCUGAGUUCUAUGAACCGGGACUGGAGCCAUCUGCUACUGCCAAACUGGGUGAUUUGCAGCGUUCUUGGGAAACCCUAAAGAAUGUGAUCAGUGAGAAGCAGCGCACACUCUAUGAGGCUCUGGAACGCCAGCAGAGGUACCAGGACGCGCUCCAGUCCAUCUCUACAAAGAUGGAGGCCGUGGAGCUGAAACUCAGCGAGAGUCUCGAGCCCGACAGGAGUCCUGAGAGCCAGAUGGCUGAACAUCAGGCAUUGAUGGAUGAGAUUCUCAUGCUCCAAGAUGAAAUCAAUGAGCUCCAGUCCUCUCUCGCAGAGGAGCUGCUGUCUGAGUCUCGCGAGUCAGACCCCGCGGAGCAGCUGGCCUUGCAGUCCACGCUCACCGUCUUGGCCGAGCGAAUGUCUACCAUCAGGAUGAAAGCCUCGGGGAAACGGCAGCUCUUGGAGGAGAAGUUAAACGAUCAGCUGGAGGAGGAGAGGCAGGAACAGGCUCUGCAGAGGUAUCGCUGUGAAGCCGACGAGCUGGACCACUGGCUCCUGAGUACCAAGGCCACCCUGGACACUGCACUGGGUGCGCCCAAGGAGCCUAUGGACAUGGAGGCCCAGCUUGAGGACUGCCAGAACAUGCUGGUGGAGAUAGAGCAGAAGGUGGUGGCCUUAUCGGAGCUCUCGGUGCACAACGAGAACCUGCUGCUGGAGGGCAAGGCCCACACCAAGGAGGAGGCCGAGCAGCUGGCGGGAAAGCUGAGGCAGCUCAAGGGGAGCCUGCUGGAGCUGCAGAGAGCCCUGCACGACAAGCAGCUCCACAUGCAGGGAACAGCCCAAGAGAAAGAGGAGAGUGAAGUCGACCCAACUGCCACCCAGAGCCCCGGCGUGCAGGAGUGGCUGGCCCAAGCCCGCUCCACGCGGACUCACCAGCGGCAGAGCAGUCUCCAGCAACAGAAAGAGUUAGAGCAGGAAUUGGCCGAGCAGAAGAGCCUCCUCCGCUCAGUCGCCAGCAGAGGAGAGGAGAUUCUCACCCAGCAUUCGGCUGCAGAGACCUCUGGUGGCGCUGGCGAAAAACCUGAUGUGUUAUCCCAGGAGUUGGGAAUGGAAGGGGAGAAAUCAUCCGUGGAAGACCAGAUGAGGAUGAAAUGGGAAAGCCUUCAUCAAGAAUUUAGUACCAAGCAGAAACUACUACAGAAUGUUCUGGAACAGGAACAAGAGCAAGUGCUUUACAGCAGGCCAAAUCGGCUCUUGCCGGGUGUGCCACUGUACAAAGCGGACGGGCAGACCCAAGAUAAAUCUGCAGUUACAUCUUUGCUGGAUGGACUGAACCAGGCCUUCGAGGAGGUUUCAUCCCAGGGUGGAGGGACAAAGAGGCAGAGCAUACACUUGGAACAGAAGUUAUAUGAUGGCGUCUCAGCGACCUCUACGUGGUUGGAUGAUGUUGAAGAACGUUUAUUUGUCGCCACAGCACUUUUACCAGAAGAAGCAGAAACUUGUCUCUACAACCAAGAGACUCUUGCCAAAGACAUUAAGGAAAUGUCUGAAGAAAUGGAUAAGAACAAGAACUUAUUUGCACAAGCCUUUCCAGAGAAUGGCGAUAAUCGAAAUGUUAUUGAAGAUACUUUGGGUUGUCUUUUGGGCAGGUUGUCUUUGCUAGACUCAGUAGUGAAUCAGCGUUGUUGUCAGAUGAAGGAAAGACUUCAGCAAAUACUAAGUUUUCAGAAUGAUCUGAAAGUGCUAUUUACAUCACUGGCUGACAGCAAAUACAUCAUUCUGCAGAAACUGGCAAAUGUGUUUGACCAGCCUGUGGCAGAACAAAUAGAGGCAAUACAACAAGCUGAAGAGGGACUAAAGGAAUUGGAUGCAGGGAUCAUUGAAUUAAAAAGGCGUGGUGACAAGUUACAAAUCGAGCAGCCUUCCAUGCAGGAACUCUCCAAACUGCAGGACAUGUACGACGAGCUGAUGAUGAUCAUUGGCUCCCGGCGCAGUGGCCUGAACCAGAACCUCACACUCAGGAGUCAGUAUGAAAGGGCCCUGCAGGAUCUGGCUGACCUGCUGGAAACUGGUCAGGAGAAGAUGGCAGGAGACCAGAAAAUCAUCGUGUCUUCCAAAGAGGAAAUCCAACAACUACUUGACAAACAUAAGGAGUACUUUCAGGGUCUGGAGUCUCACAUGAUCUUGACUGAAACACUCUUCAGGAAGAUCAUCAGCUUUGCAGUCCCUAAGGAAACCCAAUUCCACACCGAACUGAUGGCUCAGGCUUCCACGGUACUGAAACAGGCCCACAAGAGGGGCGUGGAGCUGGAGUACGUUCUAGAGACAUGGUCCCAUCUGGAUGAGGACCACCAGGAGCUCCGCAGACAGCUGGAGGUGGUGGAAAGCAGCAUCCCGAGUGUGGGGCUGGUGGAGGAGAGCGAGGACAGGCUCAUCGACCGGAUAACACUCUACCAGCACUUAAAAUCUAGCCUCAGUGAAUACCAGCCCAAAUUAUAUCAGGUAUUAGAUGACGGCAAACGACUUCUGAUAUCCAUUAGCUGCUCAGAUCUGGAAAGCCAACUGAAUCAGCUUGGAGAACACUGGCUGAAUAAUACCAACAAAGUGUCUAAGGAACUCCACAGAUUGGAAACAAUAUUGAAACACUGGACCAGAUAUCAAAGUGAAUCUGCAGAUCUAAUUCACUGGUUACAAUCUGCAAAAGAAAAGCUAGAAUUUUGGACUCAGCAAUCUGUGACAGUCCCUCAAGAGCUGGAAACAGUCCGUGAUCAUCUAAACGCUUUCCUGGAGUUUUCUAAAGAAGUAGAUGCCAAAUCUUCCCUGAAAUCAUCUGUUCUGAGCACUGGAAAUCAGCUUCUUCGAUUAAAGAAGGUGGACACAGCCGCGCUGCGCUCUGAGCUGUCACACAUCGAUGGCCAGUGGACUGACCUGCUGACCAGUAUUCCAGCCGUGCAGGAGAAGCUCCACCAGCUCCAAAUGGACAAGCUGCCUUCCCGCCAUGCGAUUUCUGAAGUCAUGAGUUGGAUUUCUCUAAUGGAAAGUGUUAUUCAGAAGGAUGAAGAUAAUAUAAAGAAUUCCAUAGGUUACAAAGCAAUUCAUGAAUACCUUCAGAAAUAUAAGGGUUUUAAAAUAGACAUUAACUGUAAACAGUUGACAGUCGAUUUUGUGAACCAGUCUGUGCUACAAAUCAGCAGUCAGGAUGUGGAAAGUAAACGUAGUGAUAAGACAGAUUUUGCUGAGCAACUUGGAGCAAUGAAUAAAAGUUGGCAAAUCUUGCAAGGUCUAGUAACUGAGAAGAUCCAGCUGUUGGAAGGCUUACUGGAAUCUUGGUCAGAAUAUGAAAACAAUGUACAAUGUCUGAAAACUUGGUUUGAGACUCAGGAAAAGAAACUAAAACAACAGAAGCAAGUUGGAGAUCAGGCCUCUGUUCAGAAUGCGCUGAAAGACUGUCAGGAUCUGGAAGAUUUGAUUAAAGCAAAAGAAAAAGAAGUAGAGAAAAUUGAGCAGAAUGGACUUGCUUUGAUUCAGAACAAGAAAGAAGACGUCUCCGGUGAAGUCACGAGCACACUGAGGGAACUCGGCCAAACCUGGGCAAAUCUGGACCAUACGGUUGGGCAAUUAAAGAUACAGCUGACAUCGGUGCUUGACCACUGGGGCAGUCACAAAGUGGCCUUUGAUGAGAUAAACAGUUGUCUCAUGGAAGCCAGGUAUUCUCUUUCCCGAUUCCGUCUGCUCACCGGCUCCUUAGAAGCUGUGCAAGUCCAGGUGGACAAUCUUCAGAGUCUUCAAGAUGAUCUAGAAAAACAGGAAAAGAGCUUGGAGAAAUUUGGGUCUGUCACCGACCAGCUAUUAAAAGAGUGUCACCCACCUGUGACAGAAACUCUUACCAAUACACUGAAAGAAGUCAAUAUGAGAUGGAAUAACUUGUUGGAAGAGAUUGCUGAGCAGCUGCACUCCAGCAAGGCUCUACUUCAGCUCUGGCAAAGAUACAAGGACUACUCCAAACAGUGUGCUUCGACAGUGCAGCAGCAGGAGGAUCGAACCAACGAGCUGUUGAAGGCAGCCACUAACAAAGACAUCCCUGAUGAUGAAGUUGCGACGUGGAUUCAAGAUUGCAACGACCUCCUCAAAGGAUUGGGGACAGUUAAGGAUUCCCUCUUUGUUCUUCAUGAGCUGGGAGAGCAACUCAAGCAACAAGUGGAUGCUUCAGCUGCAUCGGCCAUUCAAUCUGAUCAACUCUCUUUGAGUCAACACUUAUGUGCCCUGGAGCAGGCUCUUUGCAAACAGCAGACUAUGUUACAGGCGGGAGUUCUCGACUAUGAAACCUUUGCCAAGAGUUUGGAAGCUUUGGAGGCCUGGAUAGUGGAAGCUGAAGACCUCCUGCAGGGGCAGGACCCCAGCCACUCGUCCGACCUGUCCACCAUCCAGGAAAGGAUGGAGGAACUUAAGGGACAGAUGUUAAAAUUCAGCAGCAUGGCUCCAGAUUUAGACCGCCUAAAUGAGCUUGGAUAUAGGUUACCUCUGAAUGAUAAGGAAAUCAAAAGGAUGCAGAAUCUGAACCGCCAUUGGUCUCUGAUCUCCUCUCAGACUACAGAAAGAUUCAGUAAGUUGCAGUCAUUUUUGCUACAACAUCAGACUUUCCUGGAAAAAUGUGAGACAUGGAUGGAAUUCCUGGUUCAAACGGAACAAAAGUUAGCAGUAGAGAUUUCAGGCAAUUAUCAGCAUCUUUUGGAACAGCAGAGAGCUCACGAGUUGUUUCAAGCCGAGAUGUUCAGUCGUCAGCAGAUUUUGCACUCGAUCAUUAUUGAUGGGCAGCGUCUUCUAGAACAAGGUCAAGUUGAUGACAGGGAUGAGUUCAACCUGAAACUGACGCUCCUCAGUAAUCAGUGGCAGGGAGUAAUUCGCAGGGCCCAGCAGAGGCGGGGCAUCAUCGACAGCCAGACUCGCCAGUGGCAACGCUACAGGGAGAUGGCAGAAAAGCUUCGUAAAUGGCUUGUUGAAGUGUCCUACCUCCCCGUGAGUGGUCUCGGAAGCGUCCCUAUACCACUGCAACAAGCAAGGACUCUCUUUGAUGAAGUGCAGUUCAAAGAAAAAGUGUUCCUGCGACAGCAAGGCAGUUACAUCCUAACGGUGGAGGCCUGCAAGCAGCUCCUGCUCUCCGCGGACAGUGGAGCCGAGGCCGCCUUGCAGGUGGAACUCACCGAAAUCCAAGAGAAAUGGAAAUCAGCCAGCGUGAGUCUGGAGGAACAGAAGAAAAAACUGGCCUUCUUGUUGAAAGACUGGGAAAAAUGUGAGAAAGGAAUAGCUGAUUCUCUGGAGAAACUACGAACUUUCAAAAAGAAGCUUUCUCAGCCUCUGCCAGACCACCACGAAGAGCUCCACGCAGAACAAACACGUUGCAAGGAAUUAGAAAAUGCAGUUGGGAGCUGGACAGAUGACUUGACACAGCUGACACUGCUGAAGGACACCCUUUCUGCAUACAUCAGUGCUGAUGACAUCUCCAUCCUUAAUGAACGCAUUGAACUUCUGCAAAGACAGUGGGAAGAACUAUGCCACCAGCUCUCCUUGAGGCGGCAGCAAGUAAGUGAAAGAUUGAACGAGUGGGCAGUCUUCAGUGAAAAGAACAAGGAGCUUUGUGAGUGGUUGACUCAAAUGGAAAGCAAAGUAUCCCAAAAUGGAGACAUCCUCAUUGAGGAAAUGAUCGAGAAGCUCAAGAAGGAUUAUCAAGAAGAAAUUGCUAUUGCCCAAGAGAACAAAAUACAGCUCCAGCAAAUGGGAGAACGUCUUGCUAAAGCCAGCCACGAAAGCAAAGCAUCCGAGAUUGAAUACAAGCUUGGAAAGGUCAACGACCGAUGGCAACAUCUUCUAGACCUCAUUGCAGCCAGGGUGAAGAAGCUGAAGGAGACCCUGGUGGCCGUGCAGCAGCUCGAUAAGAACAUGAGCAGCCUGAGGACUUGGCUCGCUCACAUCGAGUCAGAGCUGGCCAAGCCGAUAGUCUACGAUUCCUGUAACUCGGAAGAAAUACAGAGAAAGCUCAGUGAGCAGCAGGAGCUUCAGAGAGACAUAGAGAAGCACAGUACGGGCGUCGCCUCUGUUCUCAACCUGUGUGAAGUCCUGCUGCACGACUGUGACGCUUGUGCCACGGACGCCGAGUGUGACUCCAUCCAGCAGGCGACAAGAAACCUGGACCGGCGGUGGAGAAAUAUCUGUGCUAUGUCCAUGGAAAGGAGGCUCAAAAUUGAAGAGACCUGGCGGCUGUGGCAGAAGUUUCUGGAUGACUAUUCCCGUUUUGAAGAUUGGCUGAAGAUUUCAGAAAGGACAGCUGCUCUCCCCAGGUCUUCUGGGGUGAUCUAUAUAGUUGCCAAGGAAGAACUAAAGACAUUUGAGGCUUUCCAGCGACAGGUCCACGAGUGCCUGACCCAGCUGGAACUGAUCAACAAGCAGUACCGCCGCCUGGCCAGAGAGAACCGCACCGACUCGGCGUGCAGCCUAAAACAGAUGGUUCACGAAGGCAACCAGAGAUGGGACAACCUGCAGAAGCGCGUCACCUCCAUCUUGCGCAGACUCAAGCAUUUUAUUGGCCAGCGUGAGGAGUUCGAGACGGCGCGGGACAGCAUUCUGGUCUGGCUCACAGAGAUGGAUCUGCAGCUCACUAACAUCGAGCACUUUUCUGAGUGUGAUGUUCAGGCUAAAAUCAAGCAACUCAAGGCCUUCCAGCAGGAAAUCUCACUGAACCACAAUAAGAUCGAGCAGAUAAUCGCCCAGGGAGAACAGCUGAUAGAAAAGAGCGAGCCCUUGGACGCGGCCGUUAUCGAGGAAGAGCUGGAUGAGCUCCGGCGAUACUGUCAGGAGGUCUUCGGGCGCGUGGAAAGAUAUCACAAGAAAUUGAUCCGCCUGCCUCUCACAGACGAUGAGCACGACCUCUCGGACAGGGAGCUGGAGCUGGAAGACUCUGCGGCUCUGUCGGACCUGCACUGGCACGACCGCUCUGCAGACAGCAUGCUCUCCCCGCAGCCCUCCUCCAACCCCUCGCUCGCCCAGCCCCUGCGCAGCGAGCGCUCGGGGCGAGACACCCCCGCCAGCGUGGACUCCAUCCCCCUGGAGUGGGACCAUGACUACGACCUCAGUCGGGACCUGGAGUCUGCAGUGUCCAGAACGCUGCCCUCUGAGGACGAAGAGGGUCAGGAGGACAAAGAUUUCUACCUCAGGGGAGCCGUUGGCUUAUCAGAUGUAACCAUCCCCGAAAGCCCCGAGGCCUAUGUAAAACUCACAGAAAAUGCAAUCAAAAAUACCGCUGGGGAUCACAGUGCCUUAGAGUCACACAUGCGACAACUGGGCAAAGCCCUGGAUGAUAGCCGAUUUCAGAUGCAGCAAACCGAAAAUAUCAUCCGAAGCAAAACUCCCACGGGGCCGGAGCUGGACACCAGCUACAAAGGCUACAUGAAACUCCUGGGUGAAUGCAGUGGCAGUAUAGACACAGUGAGGAGAUUGGAACACAAACUGAAGGAGGAAGAAGAGAGCCUUCCUGGCUUUGUUAACCUGCAUAGCACCGAGACCCAAACAGCUGGCGUCAUUGACCGGUGGGAGCUUAUCCAGGCCCAGGCCCUGAGCAAGGAGCUGAGGAUGAAGCAGAGCCUCCAGAAGUGGCAGCAGUUCAAUGCGGACCUGAGCAACAUCUGGGCCUGGCUGGGGGACACGGAGGAGGAACUGGAGAGGCUCCGGCGCCUGGAGCUCAGCACUGACAUCCAGACCAUCGAGCGCCAAAUCCAAAAGCUCAAGGAGCUCCAGAAAGCUGUGGACCACCGCAAAGCCAUCAUCCUCUCCAUCAAUCUGUGCAGCCCCGAGUUCACCCAGGCCGACAGCGAGGAGAGCCGGGACCUGCAGGACCGCUUGUCCCAGAUGAACGGGCGCUGGGACCGGGUGUGCUGUCUGCUGGAGGAGUGGCGGGGCCUGCUGCAGGACGCGCUGAUGCAGUGCCAGGAUUUCCAUGAAGUGAGCCAUGGUUUGCUUCUCAUGCUGGAGAACAUCGACAGAAGGAAAAACGAAAUUGUCCCUGUUGAUUCUAACCUUGAUGCGGAGAUACUCCAGGACCAUCACAGACAGCUUGUGCAAAUACGGCGUGAACUGUUGGAAUCCCAGCUCAAAGUGACCUCAUUGCAAGACAUGUCUUGCCAACUUCUGGUGAAUGCUGAAGGCACAGACUGUUUAGAAGCCAAAGAAAAAGUCCAUGUUAUUGGAAAUAGGCUCAAACUUCUGUUGAAGGAAGUCAGUCGUCAUAUCAAGGACCUGGAGAAGUUAUUAGACAUGUCAAGCAGUCAGCAGGAUUUGUCCUCCUGGUCUUCUGCUGAUGAGCUGGACACCUCGGGAUCUGUGAGCCCUGCGUCGGGAAGAAGCACCCCAAACAGACAGAAAACGCCACGAGGCAAGUGUAGUCUCCCACAGCCUGGACCCUCUGUCAGCAGUCCACAUAGCAGGUCCACAAAAGGUGGCUCCGAUUCCUCCCUUUCUGAGCCUCAACCAGCUCGGUCGGGCCGAGCCUUCCUGUUGAGAGUCCUCCGAGCGGCUCUUCCCCUUCAGCUUCUCCUGCUGCUCCUCAUCGGGCUGGCCUGCCUCGUACCCAUGUCGGAGGAGGACUACAGCUGCGCCCUCUCCAACAACUUUGCCCGGUCAUUCCACCCCAUGCUCAGAUACACUAACGGCCCUCCCCCGCUCUGAACCAAGCAGCCGCCAUCUGCAAGACGAACCUGCAGACGUGCUGGGAGUCUUGGGUGGAUUGGGCCAAAAGCAGUCCCAAACCGUCAUCAGGAGGACCUUGAUCUUGGCAGAAGCCCCUGGCGUGGCAGCUUCAGCCCUCCUCCACAUCCUGUGUGUGGAGAUCCUGGCUUCCGAGGUGGAGGACCAACAAUAACAGGAGGGCAGGCAGAUCACAGAAGGUUUGGAAGGAAUUUGGUUUGAGACUCUCUCUGAGCCUUGGCUCUAAAGAGGUUGAGUAAGGACCUCCAAAAUUCCCUGGACUCAUGAAUUCUGGGCCUUUGGUCCAUUCUCUGCAUAGCCAAGGACUUCAGUAGACCAUCGGGCAGCUUUCCCAUGGUGCUGCUCCAUUUAUCCAAUAAACGACCCUCUCAAGCGCCAUGUCAGUAUCGUACAAUCUACCCACCCACCAGUGCUGGAGAGAUUUUAGAACCUUGUAACAUACAGUUUUUAAGAGCUUAUACGGCAGCCUCCUUUUUACCUUAUUUUCCUCUUGGGCAUGAUGUUCUAACCUUUGCUUUAGAAGCACAACCUGUAAAUCUAAAAAGGCACUUUUUUAAAAGGUAUAAAGAGAAACUAGAUGUAAUAAAUAAUAUCAUAGAAGGCUUUAUGUGAAAAAAGUUGAAUGUUAUAGUAAAAAAGAGAUAUUUAUGUAUGUACAGUUUGCUAAAGCCAAGUUUUGUUUGUAUUGAUUUAUUUGCAUUUAUUAUAGAUACUGUAAAAUAUUU